AUGACAGCUUCUUGGCGUUUGAAGUUGAACAGUUUUGAUUACGCCAUGCACUCUGCUCCCAUUAUGUAUUAUUUUGGCAAUCGAAUCCAGGGAUGCCGAAGUCAGCGUUUUUUCUUCUCAAACGGUAUCACAACGGCGAAGAAAAUCAGUCAUACUGACCGCUACCGACCGCAGCACGACGAUGAGAAGCGAGAUUACUCUCUCACCAUCCUGAACGCUCAGCCAAAGGACAGUGGAGAAUACAAGUAG